AUGGAUGCUGCUGCUGCUGCUGUGAGCUGGAUGACCGUGACGGAAAGCUUUCCUCCUCCUCCUCUGAGUUUGUUCACCGCUGGAACUGGAAGAGCAGUCUAUAGCUACUCCUUAUUAUUGCAUUGUCCUCGGAGUCGGAGUCCAUUCCAUCCCAUUCCGUGCCAUUCCACAUUUCUCCUCUCCGGCUCCAAGUCCGAGGUUGCUGAGCAGUUCUCACAACAUCCACAUCCAUAUCCCCGACCACCCCCAUUUCGAUUGAAGGGCAAAGCAAAGCAAGGCAAGGCAAGGCAAGCAAGGCAAGGCAAGUCAAGGCAAAUCAAAGCAACGCGGAGCAAAGCAGAUGCAGCCGAACUGAAACUGGCCCUCAACUCUCUCGUCCACUUGGGCGUCGGCUUUCCCAGUGCAGCGUCUAGUACCACCAAGGAGAUUCGGCGAACAGACGAAUUGUCAAAACGCUGGCCGAUUGCCCCUGCAUCCGUUGUCUGUGCACCCCCGGGAAAGGUACUACCGGUACCUCGUUGCCCUCGUCCGGCCGGCCAGCAUCCAGCAUCCAGCAUCCAGUAUCCAGUAUCCGCGUCCAGCGCCUUAGCCAGCGCGCCUGUGGAUAAAAGAAAGCAUCCAUCAUCCCUCCCCCUGGCCGCGCCUCGUCCUCGUCUCCAUCCCCGUCCAGCACAUCAGAUCCCCAGCCCCCCCCCUUCUUUCCCCCUCCUCCCCCCAACCCCCAACUUCCAACCCCCAACUUCCAACCCCCCCGACUCGACUCGACUCCAGUAUCCACUUCUUCCCUUCGGCUCCGACGUGGUCCUACGUACUGCCUUGGCAGCUUACGAAUCAUCCAUUCGUCGUCUCCAUCAAUCGAUCAAUCAUCAAUCAAUCAAUCCAAUCCAAUCAGUCAAAUCAUUCAUUCAAUCAACUUGCAGUGCAUUGAUUCUGCUUCCUUGUAGCCGUUGCGUCGUCGCAUAUUCUCGCAUUUAUUUGCCUUUGACUUUGGCUUUGGCUUUUGCAUGA